AUAUAUUGUUGCUAUGGAAACAGGAAGCGUGGCAUGACGAAAAAAGUAUUACAAGUCAGUCGGAAACAAGGAAGAUGUAAAGGAAAAGGAUUUAACUUUGUUUAAAAAGUAUAAGAUUAAUUAUAAAAAAAAAUGAAUCAGCAAGCUUCUUAUACACAGUUAAAUACUUUUAAUACAGAGUUAUAUGCGUUUGAUAGAAAUGAUCAAUUCAAUCCAUUGAUUACGCAAAAAAGGACACAUUUUACUCGACGAGAUUGUAUUCUUGUAGUUAUUGUUAUUGUGAUUGCAUGUGUAAUGAUUGCCGUGACACUUGCCUUAGGUUUACCAAAAAUAAAAGAAAAAAGAGAGAGGUAUUUUGAUUCAUCAUUUCCUGUAUCAAGUUCAAUUUUAAAUGUUUAUGAACAUUCAGCAGUAUUAUCAGAUGGAGGACCUUGUGCAUCAAUUGGAAGGUAUAUAUUAGAUAAUAAUGGUUCUGCUGUUGAUGCAGCAAUUGCCACUUUGUUUUGUGAUGGAGCUGUUAAUCCACAAAGUAUGGGACUUGGUGGAGGAUUUUUCAUGACUAUUUAUAAUAAAACAACAGGUGAAGCAAAAGUUAUUGAUGCAAGAGAGACAGCACCUAGCCAAGUAACAGUUGAUAUGUUUCAAAACAAUAGUACUCUUUCAUUAUUAGGUGGAUUGGCAAUAGCUGUUCCUGGAGAAUUAAGAGGUUACUGGUUUGCUCAUCAAAAGUUUGGAAAAUUAGAUUGGAAUUUUCUUAUUAAUCCUACUAUUGAUUUAUGUAAAAAGGGAUUUGUUGUUGGCCGCCAUCUAGCUGAUAAAAUUCAACUAAAUAAAGACGAAAUUCUUAAAGAACCUAGUAUGAGGGAAUUAUUUUAUAACAAGGAAACUGAUGAUCUGUUUAAAGAGGGUGAAAUGAUUAAACGACCCAUUUUAGCUGAAACAUUAAGUAAAAUAGCCAAUACUUCUGGUGAUGAAUUAUAUACUGGGAAAUUAGCAGCAUCUUUAGUCAACGAUAUUAGAAACUUUGGUGGUAAAAUCACAUUACAAGAUAUGAAGGAUUAUAAGCCACUUUUAAAAGAUGCCAUUGCAAUUCCAUUAAAUCAAGAUAUUCUUUACACAGUUCCUACACCAGGAAGUGGAGCAAUUUUGGGUUUUAUAUUAAAUAUAUUAAGAGGAUAUAAUCUUACUGCUGAUAGCAUGAAAGAUAUUUCUUCAUCAGUAUUAACUUACCAUCGCAUGGCAGAAGCUUUUAAAUAUGCUUAUGCUGAACGAACAAAAUUUGGAGAUGAUGAAGAAACUAAUAAAUUAAUAUCUAAGAUUAUUUCUCCUGAAUAUGGUGAUAGCAUAAGAGCAAAUAUAUCAGACACUAAAACAUUUCCACCUGAACAUUAUGGACCAGUGAUAUAUCAAGUGGAAGACCAUGGAACUGCACAUCUUUCAGUCUUUGCAAAUGGUGAUGCUGUAUCUGUAACAAGUAGCAUAAAUACACAGUUUGGUUCAAAAAGACGUUCAAAUUCUACUGGAAUUAUAUUGAACAAUAGCAUGGAUGAUUUCUCAUAUCCAAAUAAGACAAAUUACUUUGGUUUACCAUCAUCCCCUGCUAAUUUUUUAAAACCGGGAAAGCGACCACUAUCGUCUAUGAGUCCGUCUGUCCUCGUUGACAAAAGUAAAAAUGUUAAAAUGGUAAUUGGUGGUGCUGGUGGUGCUUUAAUCCCAACUGCAAUGGCCCAGGUGAUGGUGCGAACAUUAUGGCUUAAAGAAAGUCUUAAAAAAAGUGUAGAUGCACUUAGAUUACAUCAUCAACUUUAUCCUAAUUACCUUCAGUACGAAGACGGUUUUCCUCAGAUAUUUCUUGACAAUUUGAAAAAGUAUGGUCAUAAAACUAAGCCAACUUCAGAAGGCACAGUCGUCUUAGGUAUAGUGAAGGGUGACGAUGGAAAAAUAUAUACAAAUGUCGACCAUAGAAAAGGCGGAUCUUCGAGGGGAUUUUGAAAGAUGACUACAAAAUAGCUCAAUUGAAAUUAUUAUGCAAAGACAUCUGCAAUAUUGUGAUAAUUUCAUUUGUUGGUCUACAAUCAUUAAAAUUUUAAUGUUUAUAAAUUUUUUGGUAUGUAUAUAAAUAAUGUGCAAAAGAAAUAUAUACAUUUUUAAGUAAAAUUUCAUGUCUUUCUUAAUAAAAACAAAGUUCUUUAAGAAUUAAAUACCAUACCAUAUAUAUUAUUAUUACAAUAAUACCUUCAUUAUUUAAUAGAAAUUCUAGUGUACAGUGUACAAAACUGUUACUUAUUCAGAUAUUAUUAUCCAUCCCUAUUUUGUGACA